GAACAACAACAACAAAAACAACAAUCGCCCUCAACUAGCUCAUUUGAACCAAUUUCAAAUAACUCAAGCACUAUUUCAAGUUUUUCUUCAGGUUCACCUAAUUUUUCUGAUGAAGGUAUAAUGGAGGAUAAAAGCAGUAUAUCAACACCAACCAUCGAACAAACAUUUGAAGAAAUCUCAACAAAUAAUGAUAGUAAUGUUACAAAUACAACAAAUGAAACAGCAAGUGAUAAUAUAAACAAUGAAGAUCAACAACCAACCUCAACAUCAGCCAAUGAAGUAUCAAUGGAGGAACAAUCAUUACCAGAACUCAAUAGAUUAGAUGUUUUAGAAAUUUUAAGAGAUAUCAAACAAACUCCAUUAACAGUUGGUGAUUUAUGGUCACUUGUAAAUAUGGAAUGGUUUUCAAAAUUCCAAGAGGCUAUUUUUACACGUGAAGAGUUGGGUCAAAUUGAUAAUAGUCCAUUUUUAAUCAGCAAAGACAAUCCGGAUCAUCUUAAACCAGGUGUUUGUGAAAAUAAAGAUUUUGCUACUGUUCCUGAAAAAGUUUGGAAUAAACUUCAAAAAAUUUAUGGCGGUGGUCCAACUGUUACCAGAAAAGUAUCAAAGAGUCUCAUUGGUAAUUUAAUAAUUGACUUAAAAAUACCCUUCCCAUUAAAAGUUAUGAAAUCAUCUGCAACUUCCGAAGUUUUUGAUUGUUAUGCCUUUAAAUCUGAAACCAUUAAAGUCUUCAAAGAGAGGGCAUGCAAACUUUUAAAUGUUGAACCAAUCAAUGUUAGAAUUUGGGAUUAUUAUAAUAAUAACAAACAUGCUGAAUUAAAAGAUCAAGAAUAUGUUUCAAAUUCAAACUUAAUUGAGAAUCAAUUAAUUUUAUUAGAUGAAAGAUUACCAAAUGGUAAAUGGCCACAACAAGCUGAUAGAUAUCAAACAUAUUCAACAAAUAGCAGAGGGGAUGGCGAUAAAAGACCAGGUAUUACAGGUUUAGGAAAUCUUGGUAAUACAUGUUUUAUGAAUUCAGCAUUACAAUGUCUUAGUAAUACCUAUCCAUUAACAAAGUAUUUCUUCACCAAUAAAUAUGAAAAGGAUAUAAAUAAAGAUAAUCCAUUGGGAUGUGGUGGUGAAUUGGCAACUGAAUAUGCAUCAUUAAUAUCAGAUAUUUGGGAAGGUAAUCGUACAAGUGUUUAUCCACGUAAUUUCAAGAGUCAAAUUGAAAGAUUUGCCCCACAAUUUGCAGGAUAUCAUCAACAUGACUCACAAGAAUUAUUAGCUUUCCUUUUGGAUGGUCUUCAUGAAGAUUUAAACAAAGUUAAAAAGAAACCAUUCUUUGAAGGUAAAGACUAUGACGAACGUCCAGAUGAAGUCAUCGCCAAUGAACAAUGGGGUAUGCAUGUUGCUAGAAACGAUAGUGUUAUUGUCGAUUGGUUCCAAGCUCAAUUGAAAUCCAAGUUAGUUUGUCCUGAUUGUGGAAAGAUCUCAAUUACAUUCGACCCAUUCAUGUAUUUAUCUCUUCCAUUGCCAUCUGAGAUUAACAAACAAUUCACCUACUCAUAUAUCAACUCCUCAUUAGUGGUAGAAAGACGUCAAUUAUCUUUAUCAUCAAACAAUUGCCAAGUUAAAGAUUUCUUACACAAAUUGGGCGAAGAAGUUGGUGCUAAUCCAUCACAUUUAGUUUUAUCAAUGAAUGGCAAAUUAAUGAACCCAGAUUUUAAUUUAGCUGAACGUGUUUAUUAUAUGAAUAGAGAAAUCGUUGUUUAUCAACUUGAUACAACUCAAGACAAUGGUUUUUUAGUUUCAGUCAAAUCUCAUACCCCAAGCAACUCUUAUUUUAAUAUUCAUAUUCCAUUAUAUUUUGUAAUUCCAAGUGACGUUCAAUCAUCUGCUGACCUUUACAAAUUCUUCUUAGAAAAGUUUAAACCUCUCUUAAAAGAGGUUGAAUCAAUCCAACAAAUCUUUGAUAGCAACUCAAAACCACCACAAGAACCACAACACGAUUCUGAAUGUGGUAGCAGUGGUGAUCAACAAGAUUCAAAUAUGGUAGGAACAAGUGCAAAUGACUCAUCCGUCGAUGAUAACUCACCAUCAAGUAGCAAUACCACAACAACAUCAACAACCACCUCAACAUCAACCUCCAAUGGUCAUCAUCACGGCAGCAGUGACCACUACUCCUCAAAUAAUUAUAACUAUAAUUCACGUGAAUCAAACGAACCAGAAAAAGACCCAAGAUUCAUUUUCCAAAUGGUCGAUUGCUCCUCAUAUCACAAAGAAAGAAUUGUAUUCCCAUUUAAAUCGAAUGAGAUUGCUUUGGUUUGGGAAGAUCCAUCAUUAUAUUUAGAAUAUGAAAAACUUAGUCCAGAUUUAACAAAGAAUGGUGGUGUUCGUGAUGUAUCACCAUAUAAUGUAGAUUUAGAACAAUGUAUUGAUUUAUUCACUACCGAAGAACAAUUGGGUCCAGAAGAUCCAUGGUAUUGUAGCAAUUGUAAAAAACAUCAAAGAGCUUUCAAGAAAUUUGAUAUUUGGUCUGCUCCUCCAAUUCUUGUUGUCCACUUAAAAAGAUUUAGCUACAAAAAACACUACAGAGAUAAACUCGAUACCCUUGUUAAAUUCCCAAUUAAAGAUCUUGACCUCAGCAAAUAUGUCUUAUCAAAGAAUCAACCACCACCAAUCUAUGAUCUUUUUGCAGUCUCCAAUCACUAUGGUUCUUUAGGAGGUGGUCAUUAUACCGCCUAUGCUCUAAAUGAACCUGAAACCAAAGAAGCAAAAGCCAAUGGUAACAGUAAUGGUAAUGGUAAAUGGUAUAAAUUUGACGACUCUCAUGUCUCAGAAGCAAAUGUUGAAAAUGUUGAAUCAGAGGCCGCCUAUGUUCUCUUUUAUAGAAGAAAGGAUACCUACGAUGAAGAUUUUGAUUUAAAUAAACAUUUAGAUGCCCAAGAAAAUAAUAGCAAUGAAAAUAACAACAGUAAUAAUUAUAAUGGUGAAUCAAAUACAACUACAACAACCACAACAACAACAACUUCGAAUGACAAAAUGGAUAUCGAUAAUGACUACAAUAGCAAUUCAACUAACACGCUCGAUUAAAUUUCAAAAUUUAUUGAAAUCAACCAAUAGAAAAAAAAAAAAUUUUAAAUCAAUAUUCACAACCCUCUAAUUUUUUUUUUUUUUUGAUCACCACAAUAACAAAAUAAAAGUAUAUUAAUGAAAAAAAACUAAUAAAAAAAAAAAUUAUUUAUAUAUUAUUUCAUUU